AUGCUGGCAGCACUGCUCUUGAUGCGUGUUGCGGCACUGCUGGGCCCUCUGAAGUACAGCAAUUUUCUGGUGAAGAUAUUGAGGCGCGCGCUGCCCGCAGAUGGCAGCGGGCGGUACUGCCAAAAACGCCAGGAUUACAGCAAUCAUGCAAAUUUUCCUUGUGUGGAGAGGACUGGGCUGGCUCCACAGCAUCUCCAGCUGCUGGCCGACCUCAAGGCCAACUUCACCACCGUGUGCAGCGGGUUCAAUGUGCACCAGGACUACGGCUUCUUUCAGGCGCUGGGCAUCGACCAUUCCCGCACCCUGACCAUGGUGGCCCUGCGGCACCCAGUGGAACGCACUCUCAGCCACUACUACUUCCAGAUGAGGAUCAUGCAAGACAACCGCAAGAAUUUCCUCUUCUGGCCCAAGAACGACUCCGAUUAUUCUGGCCUCAUUGCGUUUGGAUCUCAGCAGCGCCAGCAGGCCAACUACCACACCUACAUGCUGGCUGGAGCCAUGGGCUGCCGGUGGCCUGGAGGGCCAGCUCCCCCCACUAGCGACGCCGAGAUUCUGGAGCGUGCUAAGCGCAACCUGGAGAAGUUUUGCGUGAUUCUGAUCACGGAAUACAUGGAUGAUUCGGUACAGAUGCUGGGCGAAGCUACUGGCUGGCCCGACUCUGUUCUCUUCCGUGACGUGAGAUCCUCUAAUGCGACGCCGCGCCCAAAAGUGCCGCUAUCAGCAAAGCGCGCCCUGCAGGCUGCCAACCACCUGGACAUGCAGCUGUAUGACCCCCAUGAGAUAGAUGGCUGCUGCCUCCAGAAGAAGUGGGCGGGGUCGGCUGGUGGUAGAGCGGUGGAGCGGCGGAGCGGCGCGGCCCCUGCAGCUCCUGCUACGGCAGCUGCAGCACGCCGCUAUUAUGUGCUGGCAACAGUGGCCGACCUGGAGGUGGCCAUGCUGAACGUCUUCCUUCAGUCCUGGAAGCGCUACUCACCACACACGCACAUUGUACUGUGGGUGGAGCGAAACACCACGCUUGCCGACCAUGGCGUGCCCAUAGAGGUGAUUCGCUUCGCCCAGACCGAAAACAUCAAGCUUGUCAAAAUGCAAAGGUAUGCGCUGUACAAGCCAUAUCUGGAAGACCUGCUUCGUCGAGGAUACACAGGUGGAGUCGUCCUUGCUGAUGCCAGAGAUGUGUUCGUUCAGUCGGAUCCCUGGCAGGACACGAUCCUCCAGAUGCUGGUGGCCCAGGUGUGCAAUGCAAGCUAG